GACGCGUUUCUCCUUUUUUGUGUUUAGUGUUUAAAACAGUGGAGAUAGUUCGUGGAAAGAAAGCUCGUUAAAGAAGUGAAAGGGGAAGAUAAAGAUGGCGUCAUGGAGUGCAUACCAGACUGAAAGUGAAGAAGAAGCUUUAGCCAAGGCAAUGCAACUUUCGCUUAUGGAGGAUAAAAAAUCGUCAAGAAAAGCGGAGUUCCCGAUUCACAUCGGCGAAGAGAAACCAGAUGGCAGACUAUCAUCGAGAGAAGCCCCAUCGUCAUCCUCUUCUUCUCAUCAAAGACAACCCCAGAGAGAGGAGGCACGCCUUUUAAAAAGUGCUCACGGAGUAGGUCACUCAGCUGGAGCACUCCCACUCUGUCUUCCUAAUAACUAUCAGUGGAACUCUAAAACUCGCCAAUGCGUUAAAACAGAGGAGAAGCGUUCUUCAUUGUACUUUGUUGAAGACAGCCUUCUGGAACUGAGGAAAAUUAAAAGCCCAGUCUGCACCGUGUCCAUCGCUGGUCCGUACAGAAAAGGAAAGUCUUACAUUUUAAGCGAAAUCUUUGAUCAACCGGAGGUAUUCCCACUUGGGCACAAAAUGGUGGCGGAGACCUUGGGAAUCUGGAUGUGGAUCGUGCCUGAGAAAUAUAAGGACGCAAGGGGCAGGGAGAUUACAGUAGUGCUGUUGGAUUCAGAAGGGAUUGACGCUGCCUCCGGUGUAGGCCGUGACGAUAAUCAGAUAUUUACUUUAACUGUUCUUUUGGCCUCCGUGCUCAUUUAUAACUCAAGCGGUGUCCCCACAAGGCGUGAUCUCGAGGGUCUCGAGUAUCCUUGCUAUAUCAAACUUUUAAUUGUCUCAUUACUACAGGUGUUGCCAAUAAUACGCGCUCUGUGCAUUCUUUGGUUUUUUUUUCUUGCGUCCAAAAACUUCUAGUUCGCUUCUGGGACAAAAAUCCUGGUACGUGAUGUAAGAUUACUGAUAGCAAUAGAGCAGUAUUCAAUAAGUGUCGAAAAUGGAAAUGCAUGGUUCUUGCCAUACUACUGUCUGUGAUUGUUCCAAAACAACUGCGCCAAAAUCUCAACCGAUCAGAUUCAAAACCAAA